AAUGAAAAGCAAAAUGAGGGGAUAUGUGAAAUGAAAGUAGGACAUACUUUCCUUUUUUAUUUUAAAAAAAUUUGGCAGCAGAUCGGGUAAUUGAUGUCCACACUCUCAUUCUCUCUCUUCCUCUCUCUUUCAAACACUCAUCUCUUCUCCCAAUCCUCUCUUAUCUUCUUCCUACCCUCACUUAAACCCCCUUCUCUCUCUUUUUUAAGAUUAAACCCCUCUUUUUCUUUCUCUCUCCUCUAAAUAGCUUUGUUCUACUUUCUGUAUUUUAUUUUACCCAUUUUUUAAAAAAUAAUAGAGGGUCAAAAAAAAAAAAAAAAAAAAAAACCAAAACCUUUUUUAUUUUUCUCUCUCCGACCAAAUUCCAUCAUCAUCAACUCCCAAAACCCAGAUCUUCUGUGCAAUUAAUUUAGGAAUUUAGAACAACCCUUUUUCCCUUUUUUUAUUUUUAUUUUUUUUACUAGAUAAAAAAAAAAGAAAAAAAAAAGAUGGAGUUCGAAGAUGAGCACGAUGAAGAGCAAGAAGAGGAAGAAGAAGACGAAGAGGAAAUUACCAUACCACCCCCAACUGCAGCUGUAGUAGUCCCACCGAGUUAUGACCCAAUUGGGGGUAGUGGUGGUAAUUCUGCACCGAGUCGACCCCGAGUUAGCUCAGCGAGUGGAGGUGGAGGAGAGAGAAGAUCCGUUGUUGUAAGGUACAGAGAAUGCUUAAAGAACCACGCUGUUAACAUCGGUGGCCACGCCGUGGACGGCUGCGGCGAGUUCAUGGCGGCAGGCGAGGAAGGCACUCUAGACGCGCUCAAGUGCGCAGCCUGCAAUUGCCACCGUAAUUUCCACCGCAAGGAGACCGACAUCAGCGGCGAUAAUAUAACAUCGCCGAACACGGGCCCGUCCCCUGCGGUGGCACCCCCACCACCUGCGGGUACAAUGUACCCGCAAUUCUCGGGGUAUUACCGGACCCCGCCGCCUCCGGGGUCCGGGUAUCACCACCACUACCGGCCCCUCGCUGUGCUACCGUCAACAUCGGGUGGGACACAUAGCGGGGACAUGGGGGAUGACAUGUCCCACCCGAGUAGCAGCGGAGGCGAGGGGAGGCGGGAAAGCGGUAGUGGAGGUGUAGGUGGUGGAGGAAGUGCAAUGAUGAUGGUACCGAAAAAAAGACACAGAACAAAAUUUAGUCAAGAACAAAAGGAUAAGAUGCUUGCAUUUGCUGAGAAAUUGGGUUGGAGGAUUCAAAAACAUGAUGAAGCUGCUGUACAACAAUUCUGUGCUGAAGUUCAAGUUACGCCUCAAGUGCUCAAAGUUUGGAUGCAUAACAACAAGCAUACUCUUGGACGUUGAUGAUGAUGUACUUAGCUUCUUCAUGGUGCUGCUGCUAGCUUUUAGGAUGAGGAAUUUUGAGAUUGAGUUGAUUAUUCUUAAAUUUUUAUUAAUAUCAUAUUUGACAUUAUUGAGCAAUUGCUCAUUCUCCAUUUCUCUUGUUAUUUACAAUUAUUUGUUGGCUUUAAUUUCCUUUGGUGUUACACUACUAUUAUCAUCAUCAUUUUCGAAUUCUUCCACCUUUUAACUUACGAUUUUUGUUCAAUUCUUAUAGACAAUCAAGUCGAUAUUACUAAAGAAACUCGAAUUGUCAUGGAGAAAUCGUAGCCCUAG